AUGUCCCGCCGAGCGAGCACAGACUCCCAACACCACACCCUCGCGUCCUCCCAAGGCCCCAUCCAAGGCGACAUCAUGUCCGAUCCCUACCUCACCACCCCUACCUCCGCCAACUACGCGACUCCCCAGAUCUACUACACCGACCCGUACGCCGGUACGUACUACCAGCAACAACCAAGCUACGCCGGCGACAUGCCAGAGCAUAUGAUCUCCCCCUUUGGCUCCCAUCAGGUCGCCCAAGGACGGGUCGUCAUGCCCGCCCAUGGCCAACCGAUGCGAUCCCCAUCCGGGUACGAAGAGUACGAGUUCUCCGUCGUGCCCCCCGAGGAGGAAGGCGGGCCCUAUCUCCAGGUGCCUGUCGAGAGGUACAAUGGUCCCAAUAUCGGCUACCACACCCACCCGCUCUCGCCAUCCGAUCAGAUGUCCAUGGAGCAGGUGCAUCAGCUGCAGAGGAGCCACUCGAUGCCUCACAUGAACGACGCACCGCACCCUUUUCCGAUCCAGACCGGUCUCCCUCAACGACCAAAACUUCAGUCCAGUCAAUCGACCAUGAUGGUUCAGCAGCGACCCACUCUCGAAACCCAGAUGCAACGGCCAGGCAUGACGCGUCACGCGUCGCUGGCCAGAGGGUCGCCUUACGGAGACGUGUUUGAUCACCCUGGGCCUGCCGAGGAGAUGCCCGUGUAUCACGCCAUGCCUCAGCAGGACCAGUCGUGGGAGUUGGCGGCGUAUGACACGGUUUACGCGGACGGUCAAGGGAUUUCCCCAGCGCGUGCCCUCGGCCCUGCGCCUAUGCAGCCCCAACGCUUCUCACCCCACCGCGACAGCCUCCUCGUCACACCACAGGGCAAGCAAACCAACUAUGCAGAGCAAGUCCCCUCGUCUGCCGUUUCCACCGCUACCGCCGCGUCCACCUCUUCCAACUACUCGAUCGGUCUCCGUCCCGCACACCGCGGGGCCGAGUUUGAUAGCAGCGACGACGAGAUGGAUGGCAGAACGCGAAGGCCUUUGCCGACGCGUACUAUGAAGACGCGUCAGAACGACAAGGCGCCGCCUAUUCCUUUGGUCCUGCCCAAGGCCCCGCCCAGACCGCCUGCUGCUGGAGCUGGCAGGACGAGCUCCAAAUUUGCCAAGGUGGCCGAAGACCCGGGAGUCGAGGGUAUUCCUCCCGGACCGCGAUCUCACGAGCGCCCCGGGCCCUCUUUUGCCUGCAUCAUCGGUCAAGCUAUCCUGUCUUGUAAAGCCGGUGGUCUCUCUCUCGAGCACAUUUACCGCUACGUCGAGACUGCCUACCCCUUCUUCAAGUCUGGCGACAAUGCUUGGCGAAACUCUGUACGACACAAUCUCUCUAUCCACAAGAUGUUUGAGACCAUCCCCCGUACCGAGAAAUUUCCUCCAGGCAAGGGUGGUAUCUGGAUCAUCCACGAGGACGAAAAGUGUCACUGGCCCGAGCCGGACAAGUUUAUCAAGAAUUUCCCUCCGGGGCACGCCCACCACGCCGUCUGUCGCCAGACAUUGCAUGAGAGGCAAAAGGAGAAGGAGGCUAUGGAGAAGGCGCAGCGCGAAGGGAGAGUGUAUGUGCCAAAGAAGGGCAAGAAGAGAAGAAAGGGGAUCGACAUGGAUGUCUUGGUGGAGGUGAAGAAGAUGUCGACGCCAGAGCCCGUGGCUAGCAGCAGUGCCCAGAUCGAGGAAGAGGACGAAGACGAGGAAAAGACGCCGCCGCCUGUGGGACGACUUGCGGCCAUGGCCGGUGAAGAUGUGGAUGACGAGCCAGAGCAGAAACCUGAGCAAAAGUCGAUCCCUGAAAGGCCAAAAUCGACUGUGAAUGACGAAAACAGCGUCAAAUGGGCUCUGCCACCCCCUCCCGUUGACCCCAAGGGCAAGCGAAGGCAAAUAUCCGAGGAAGACUUGACGUCCGCAAAGCGUGUGCGUCUGGCGGAGCCUCUUGCUCCCAUACACCCCUUCCCCCAAGAGCGCAUCGAAAAGCUCGAUUCCUCAUUCAUCACUCCCGAGCGAGAGCGACCCAUCCCAGGCGGUAGCAGGCUCAUGUCGAGUGAUUUCAAAACUCCUGCCCUCGUUCAAUCGUCAUCUUCCCCGGGGUCCCCACCCAUGCCAGCCACUGUCACGCGAUCCACCCAUCACCCUAGUGCUCUCCAACAAGCUUGGACGCACGACGACAUGUCUCAAACUCCUCCUCGCGACUCUUCCCCUGCUCGCCCGAUGCUUGACGCGGCUUUCGACCUCAAACCCAAAGCUAUCCGUCCCAAAGUCGUCACUGCUCAGGAAGAAGACUUUGCCGUCCCCAACUCGCCUCCCCAGCCCCGCGCUCCGCCAAAGACACCCGUUACGAGAUCGUCUGCGGCGGCAGACAAGACUCCCCGGCUGCAACAUCGCAAGACGCCGGGCAUGUCUACUCCUGUCAUUUAUCGUGGUAGCCCCGGUAUGCCCCCGCCCACGGCGAGCGCGCUGCUGUCGACGCCCAUGUGGGAGAUUGGAGGGUGUCUGGAUCGGCUGAGGGAAUCUUUCCAGCCGAGUCCGACGGGCUUUGGCAGUAUGGACGGGCGAGGGCCGAUAAGGUCGCCGGCGCCACCAACUAGCCCAACACGUUACUCCAUGAUGUUGCUGGAUAGCGGGUCGCCGAGAAAGGGCAGAGGGACAUGA